AUGAAUUCUGAAACAAUAAGUAUAAACGAUUUUAAUUCAAUAUGUCGAAUUUGUUUAGUUUCACGAGAAAAUAUGACACCAUAUUCAACGGCACAAAUUAUUCAUAUGAUUGAGGAAUGUACAUCUAUACAAGAAGAAUCGUUUCAUGAUAAAUUUCCACAACAAAUUUGCUACAACUGUUAUUGGCAAUUAAAAAAUGCUUAUCAUUUCAAGCAACAAUAUGUAUUUUCCGUUGAAACACUCUGUAAAGUUUUACUAAAAGUUGAAGAAAAUGAGAUAAUCAUUUCUAUUCGAGAUAAAUUACGGGAGGCAAGCAAAUCUUUAUUCGGUGAAAAAUUCGAAUCAGAUCAAACAAUUUCCAUACCGGAUACAGGAGCUACCAGUGAUAACAACUGUAUAAAAAAUGAGCAAAAUACUCAGGACUUUUAUAAAAUUGAAUACGAUCAAUAUUCAGCAUUAAUUGAAAAUGUAGAAAAAGAAAAUCAAGAAAAAUCUGAUUCAAAAACAAAUGAAAGUACAACAGAAGAUUUAAAGCAUAUAUUUGAGGAUAACGACGACAAUCAAUUUGAAGAUGAUUCAAAUCCGGAACGCCAAGAUGAUGAUUUUAAUGAAACAAAUUCCGAAGAAAAUCUUGAACAAAAUAAAAAAUCUCUUGUGGAUAUUUUAAUACGUAAAUAUAAUAUAUACGAUUUAACGUGUAAUGUAUGUAACAAAGAGUUAAGUACACGGGCUACACUGUUACGUCAUAUGGACACUCAUAAUAAGAAUAGGAGUUUUAAACAUCAAUGUCCAAUAUGUAAUAAAGGUUUUAGUGAUCGUGGUAAUUUAAAUAAACAUUUAAAUCGACAUGAGGGUAAAGCAAAUUAUAAAUGUGAAAUUUGCUCAAAACGAUAUUAUGAGCUAAGUGCGCUUGCGUUACACAACAAAGAAAAACAUAAAAUCGAACCAUUUAAAUGUACAAAAUGUUCGUUACAAUUUUAUCAUCAAUUACAGUUACAACAACACGAACAAACUCACGAACAAAAAGAAUUCAUUUGCGAUAUUUGCGGGAAAAUAUUUCCACAUAAUUGUAAACUUAAGGAUCAUCGAAGUACACAUACCGGAGAAAAACCAUAUUCGUGUACGCUAUGUGAUAAAAAAUUUCGUUUUAAUUAUGCGUUAAAAGCUCAUAUAAAAUUAUCACAUAUCGAUCCCGAACCACCAGAAAUGUGUUCAAUUUGUGGUAAACUUGUUAUACCAAAAGGUUUACGACGUCAUCUCGAAUCACACGAUAAAACUGCCGCGGUUAAAUGUCAAUUUUGUAAUAAAAUGUAUCGUAAUAAAUACACGUUACGGGCGCAUAUCAAAGAAAGACAUCCCAAAGAUGGGGUAACUAAGAAAUAUUAUUGUAAAAUAUGUAAUAAAGCGUUUGGUAAUUCGGGAUCUGCAUCGAAACAUAUGACAUCUGUACAUACGGAUGUGAAGAAACAUGCUUGCUCAAUAUGUGGCAAACGGUAUAAGUUGCAGGCGCACGUUAAACAACAUAUACAAUUUGCGCAUAUGGAUUUAAGGCCUUUCUCGUGCACCGUAUGUAAUAAAGCUUUUCAUACGAAACGUAUUUUACGGCUGCACAUGAUUAGUCAUACCGGGGAACGGCCAUUUACGUGUACUAUUUGUGGGAAAUCAUUUGGUACGAAAACUGUCCUGAAAACUCAUAUGAAAGUUCAUACGAAAUAA